AUGUCUGACCAGUUUUACAAGUCCCCUGAGUUUGAGACGCUCCAGCUGCAUGCUGGCCAGGAGCCCGAUCCGACUACAAACGCUCGCGCGGUCCCUAUAUACUCGUCAACGAGUUUUGUGUUCAAUAAUUCUGAGCAUGCUGCAGAUCUCUUCGGAUUGAGGGCCUUCGGAAACAUUUACUCUCGCAUUGGCAAUCCCACUGUGGAAGUUUUCGAGAAGCGCAUUGCAGCACUCGAGGGGGGUGCGGCUGCCAUCGCCGCUUCCAGUGGACAGGCUGCUCAGUUUAUGGCUAUCUCCACCAUCGCUGGUGCUGGAGACAACAUUGUUUCUACAUCAUAUCUCUACGGCGGGACGUACAAUCAAUUUAAAGUAUACCUGAAGAAGUUCAAUAUCGGCGUCAAGUUUGUCACGAGGGAUGAUCCGGAGGCGUUUGCAGCGGCUAUUGAUGAGAAGACCAAGGCCAUCUAUGUGGAGAGCAUCGGCAACCCCAAAUACAAUGUCGCACCCAUUCCCGAGCUUGCAAAGAUUGCACAUGACCAUGGCAUCCCGUUGAUUGUUGACAAUACCUUUGGAAUGGGAGGCUACUUGACGCGACCUAUUGAACACGGCGCGGACAUCGUGGUGCAUAGUGCUACGAAGUGGAUUGGCGGUCACGGUAAUACCAUCGCAGGCGUAGUUAUCGACUCAGGCAAAUUCGAUUGGACAAGAUCUGGCAAGUUCCCGGCUUUCACUGAGCCGUCGGAGGGAUACCACGGCCUCAAGUUCAGCGAGACGUUUGGACCACUUGCCUUCGCAGUGAAGUGCCGCGUUGAGGUGCUCCGCGACCUGGGAUCCUGCAUGAACCCCUUCGGCGCAUUCCUGCUGCUACAGGGUUUAGAGACCCUGAGCCUCAGAGCGCAGCGGCACUCCGAGAACGCCCUUUUGCUGGCACAAUGGCUCGAGCAGCACCCCAAGGUUGCGUGGGUGUCGUACCUUGGCCUUGAGUCGCACUCGUCCCACAACCUCGCGAAGCGUCUACUCCGCCCGAACGUCUUUGGUGGUGUCCUGAGUUUCGGCGUGAAAGGUGCCGAUGCGAAGGUGGGCAGCCAGGUCGUCGACAACCUUCGGCUGGCGAGCAACCUCGCCAACGUCGGCGACGCGAAAACGCUUGUCAUACAUCCCUCGACAACCACACAUCAGCAGCUUUCCACUGAGGAACAGUUGGCGUCUGGUGUUACUCCGGAUCUUAUUCGAGUAUCUGUUGGUAUCGAAAAUAUUGCUGAUAUUGUUGCGGAUUUUGCGGAAGCCUUGAAAGCUGUACCAUGA